AUGUUCAAGCAAGUUGUCUACUUAGGAUUAUUGGCGAGCGCAGCGGCGCAAUCUAACGGAACAAUUGACCUCACGGAGCCAGAGGCAGGAAGAUGGGGUGGCAAUAAUGGUAAGACACCCACGCAGCACUACAACGACUUCGACCAUGAAGUCUUUCACAACCGCACCUACACCCCACAGCCCAUUAGGUAUGAAAUGGGAGAAGUAUAUACGGUGAAAGAGAACGCGGACUUAGAUAGAAUGUCUCCAGAUACACUCGCACCGCCCACCGUCGAUUUCGGCAGCAUUGAAAAUCCAAGAUGGCACAUGUCUGACUCGUACAACCGCCUGGCUAUUGGGGGGUAUGCAAGACAACAAACAGUCAGGGACCUACCUAUUAGCAAGGAUAUUGCCGGUGUAGAUAUGCGCUUAUCACCACAUGCUUUUAGAGAGUCCCAUUGGCACACACAGGCCGAAUGGUCGUAUAUUUUUUCAGGACGAGUUAUCAUCUCAGCCAUUAUGCCAGAUGGAAAGACCUUCAUGAGCGAGCUGGGACCAGGCGACGUUUGGUUCUUCCCUCCAUCCACCAUACACUCCAUCCAAGCUCUUGACGAAGGCGCCGAGUUCCUACUCAUCUUCGACAGCGGAGCAUUCGACGAGAACGAUACCUUUUUAGCUGCGGAGGCACUAUCACGCAUCCCUAAAUCUGUGAUCAAUAAAAAUUUCGGUUUGAGCAAGAAUGCAACUGAUUUCGACAAUAUUCCGGCAGAGCAGCUCUACAUUUUCAGAGGAGAAGCACCUGUACCAUCUUUCAAGGAGCAGAAAGCGUCGAUCAACAACCCCUUUGGCAUGCUCGAAGACCACACUCUCGCGCUCAAAUUCUCUGAGACACCAUGGGAAGAGCAUGACGGCGGCAAGGUGAAGAUCGCAGACAGUAAAAUUUUCAACGCGCCCAAUCUCGACAUUUCAGUUGCGCAUCUGUCACUUGAAAGCAACAGUCUGAGGACACUGCACUGGCAUGAGACUUCCGAGUGGGAUUUUGUCUUAAAGGGCACACUUAGGGUGACCAUCUACGCCGGCAACGGUAACAGCCGUACAUACGACAUCAACUCUCUCGACGUGCUCUAUGUGGAGGCGAACAACCUUCACUAUCUUGAAUGUGUUAGCCCAGAGCCAUGCGAGUUCCUCGCUGCUUUCAAGAUCGACACGUACAACGACUUUGAAUACGGUCAAUUCCUCAGCGCCGCUCCUCGUUACACCGUCAAGCAGCAUCUCAGAAUCAGUGAUGAGACACUAGACAAAGUCCAGGGCAGUGUUGCUAACAAACAGAUUAUCAUGCCUGACAACUGUUAA